UGUGUACACCUCGAGGUUUAAACAAGCCCCUGGUUCCCACAUGUGUGCACAAACCUAACCUCACUUUCGAACAUGGAUGGCCUUCCUGUUGAUUUCUCUCCGAGUGUCGAGCAGUCCUCGAGGGCCAGUUUUACGGGGAAAGUCCUCGUGGGGCUCACUGGAGGGGUUGCAUUGGGGCUCAGUGUCGUCUGUGCCUCAUUCGUGAGUCCCGCAUUUCGCAAAUUUUGCUUGCCUUAUAUUCCCGCCACCAAAACCCAAAUCGCGAAUGUUUUCGCGGGACUAAAAGGGCGCCAAGGGAGUUUGCUAGAUGUGGGCUCAGGGGACGGGAGAAUUGUCUUAGAAGCCGCGAAGAGUGGGUUUGUUGCUCAUGGGGUUGAAUUAAAUUUUUGGCUGGUUUUGUACUCUAGGCUAGAUUCUUUGAGAAAAAGUUUAAAUAAAAAAACGAAAUUUUAUCGGAGGGAUUUGUGGAAGUUUCAUGUUGGGGAUUACGACAAUAUUGUGAUUUUUGGGGUCGAACAAAUGAUGGCAGCUUUGGAAAAUAAAUUUGAAAUGGAGUGCAAAAACGGGUGCAUUGUGAUUGCUUGUAGGUUUCCUUUGCCUAACAAAAAGCCUUUUCGGACUUUUGGCCACGGGGUGGACACAGUCUGGGCCUAUGAGAUGAUUAAAACAUAAAAUAGUUUUUAUUUUGGUCAUAAAGAGUCCAAUUUUAACUUCAUGUUACUGAAAACUGUUUAAUGUUCAAUAAACUGUUGCUUGCAAUUGUUAUAUUAUUUAUUGACCCCUUAUUUCUGAUAAAAUUCCCAUUUAAUUUAGUUUCUCAUUUCCUCAAAACUUAUAAAAACCUCAAAAAUAUAUUUUUCCUCUUAUUGUAAACGUGGUACUUUGCAUAAAAAUGGCCAUAUUUAGGUUCUACGUUUUGGUCUUGGCUAUAAUUGGCGUCGCUGUUUCGAUUCAGGGCACUAAAGACAACUCCCAAUCGCAAGUAAUCAAACCUGCAGUAAACAUAAUCGCACCUUUGCUGAAGGCAGUCGCUCCUUCAUUGGCGCUAUUAAAAGAUAAAUCGAAAACAAUUAAACCAAGUAAUCCUCCGACAACUAGUCCACUUAAACCUGCAACUCAACCAGCAGCGAACCCAAGUAAUCCAAUUAAACCUCCAACGAACCCAACUCAACCUGCAACGGACCCAGCUAAGCCUCCAAGAAAGCCGAUUCAUCCUCUAAGGAAGCCAAUUAAAGCUCCUUCAAAGAAAGAUAGUUUAAAGUGUAUGGGGGAUCAGUGGCACUACGCAAACUGGAAAUGCCUAGAGAGGGCAGGAUGCUACAACCCUGACACCCAAUAUCUGGAUAUAUUGUGCAUGUUUCCUCAAAAUUGAUUCAAAGUAAAAUAAAAUUUCAAACGUG